CUCUGGAGGUGUGUUCAAAUUCAGGGGAUUUAUGUACAACUCGAGAUCCACACUGAUCGGAGAAUAAACAUCCAAAUUCGCCCGCUUGUGUCAGGGCACCAUUAUUAAACUACUUACCUGCUUCGUCUGGGUCCAGUGGCACACCAAGGUCGUGAGCUGCGGUGGCAAUGCCAAAUCCUCCCGUCUGGGGCGCAUCACCCUACGUUUUGCGAACAUGCAACAGUCCAUGUGCGCUGGCCUUCCUGCAAGAUCGAAGAAUUUUUGUUCCUUUUGCAUCAAAUCUCCCGUAACGAACCCAGAGCAGAACUAAGCUAGUUGGCAGGUGCGACUUCUCAGUCGGUUGAGGAUGGAAUAUGCCGCAAGACUUUCCAUAAGGAUGAAUUGCACCUUGCACGGCUGUGAACUGCGCAGCGUCUACUUGAGUGUCACCACCCACUGCACGACCGACCUUUUCUCCCCAUCGUUCCAUUAUUGACCAUGUCGCUGAAGCAGAGGGUCAAUAAUCUCCACGCCAUGGGAGGCGAUGUUGCAAUUCCAGUCCUCACUGCCGUCAAUACUGCGUCGGGCGUGUUCCCUCCCCUACAGGCCGCCACCAAUGCCGCACUCCUCAUCCUCACUGAAAUCAAAAAAUUCAGGGGAAAUAAGAGAGAAUUGGAGCGUUUUGGAAAAUAUAUCGGGGACGCCAUGGUCAAUGUGGUUGCAGCCAUCACUUCUUAUGAUGAAUCUAAUGAAAAGCCCAAGUCGUGGGUUGAAAGCAUCAAGAAGCUAAGCGAGGCGCUGGAGCGCAUUCAAAUUGAAGUCUGUCGAUUGGGUGGGAAGAUGGAAAGACAGCCUGGUAUCCGCAACUUCUUCUCCCAUAUGAAGAAUCCCAGUAGGCUCGAUGAUUUAAAGAAAGAUUUUGGCGAGGCCUUGGCAAUGUUCCAGCUGGAGUCAGACUUGAUGGUUGGUGCGAUAGCAAACAAUCAAGUUCUGAAUGAACUUAAAUAUCCCAUUGUCCCCCAUCACGAUUCCACUCACCCGUGCCUGCCAGACACUAGGAUUGAUCUGAUCGAGCGUAUUAUGGCAUGGUGUCGUACCAUGGAGGAUAGCAAGAAUCGUGUAUUACUGCUGACCGCUGUAGCCGGUGCAGGCAAAACGUCUGUUGUGCUCUCAAUCGCAGCGGAGUGUAAACGAGAAAAGAUAUCGUCAUCAAGCUUCUUUUUCAAAGCAGGCGAGCAGUCGCGGCCGGAUCAUCUGUUCAGCGGCGUGGCUCGAUCUCUGGCAACCCACGACGCUGCAUACCGUGCCUCCCUCAUAUCGACUCUUCAGGAGGACCCAGCCCUCUCGACUGCCCCAUUCGCGACGCAAUUCGAGAAAUUAGUGGCUGAACCUCUCCGUCUCAGGACAUCCUCGUCUGAUCGUCCUAUGGUGAUCAUCAUUGAUGCGUUAGAUGAGUGCGACACAGAGGCGUUCCCACUUCUUGCCAACAUACUUCGAAAAGAUGUUCUAAAACUACCGCCCAACAUCAAAUUCUUCGUCACUUCCAGGCACUUCGACCUUGUUGACCGUUUUCUAUCGCUUAAUGACCCCAUCAAUCGCCUCACUAUCAAUCUUUCGGACGAUACUAACAUGCAUGACUGUACUGCCUACAUCCGAUCGCAACUGCGUGAACUGAAGGCUGUGCAUGAUGAUUUGAAAGUCGGAAUAGGAGAGGAAGUUGAAUUGGUCCAAUGUAUAUUAGAGCGAGCAGGCGGCUUGUUCAUUUGGAUCAGUACUGUGUUUGGCUACAUGAAGGUCACCGGUGGAAAUGCCACGAAGAUGCUAAAGAAAUUGCUCGAUGAUGACCCCAGCCGAUCAAAGGCUUCUGCCGAGGAAAAGAUGGAUAGCCUGUAUGCGAGUAUUUUGGAGAAGUGUAACUGGAAGGACAACGAUUUCGUGCAUGACUAUCCAAUCGUGAUGGGAGCAAUUCUAAUCGCCCAGAAGCCACUGUCUGUUGCAGCCUGGGACGCCAUUCUCUCACCGCUGCUUGAGUCGGACAUCCAAUAUACAUUAGCUCAACUUACACCUCUCGUCUCAGGAGUAAGGGAUCCUGGCAAGCCAAUUCGUAUUCUGCACCAAUCUUUUCGUGACUUUCUCACGGACCGAGUCGAUCCACAAUCACCCAUACUUGGUCGAUUUAGAGUGGAUGCGAGGAGGGAGAACGACAGAGUGGCCUUGUGCUGCAUCAAAAUCAUGAAUAAAGAACUUUCGACUAUGAAAGAUUUAGGGCUGAUUAUGGACUUAUCCGAAAAAGCUAAACUGCCACCCAUUCCUCAAGAGGCGCUGCCCGAACACGUCCAUUACGCAUGUCGGCAUUUCGUGCAUCAUCUCAACCAAUUUCAGGAGCCACUGGAGGCACCCAAUGGGCCUAUUCACGUAUUUCUCAAUGAGCAGAUAUUGCGCUGGGUGGAAGUCUGUGUGAGGACGGAAGGGUACGUUAGUCUAUCAUCAUUCCCUGAAUGGGCCAAGUUGAAUGUUGAUCGGACCUCCAAAGAAGUCAUUCACAUGUUGGCCAAUGUCUUUGACAAUGUGGGGGGGAAUCUUGCGUUCUUUUUAAGAUUGCAGGAGGCAUGUGAGAUGGCAAGUGAUUCCGUUGCACUGUGCCGUUGCCUUGUGUCGACGGACUCAGAAUCCUACACCCCGGAUCUCGCUCGAGCGCUUCGGAAUCUUUUUGUAUCACUUGACAAAGUCGGACGCCAUUCCGAGGCCCUCAUGGUGAUUGAAGAAAGUGUGAAAUUCUGGCGUGAGCUAGUCACCACCCACCCAACACCAUACACCCCGGAUUUGGCUCGAGCACUCCGGAAUCUUUUUGUAUCACUUGACAAAGUUGGAUGCCAUUCCAAGGCUCUCAUGGUGAUCAAAGAAAGUGUGCAGCUUUGGCGUGAGCUAGUUGCCACCCAUCCAACAUCAUACAUUCCAGAUUUGGCUCGAGCGCUCCGCAAUCUUUUUGUAUCACUUGACAGGGAUGGACACCAUUCCAAGGCACUCAUGGUGAUUCAAGAAAGUGUACAACUCUGGCGCGAGCUAGUUGCCACCCAUCCAACAUCACAUACCCUGGAUUUGGCUCAAGCGCUCCGGAAUCUUUUUGUAUCACUUGACAAAGUUGGACGCCAUUCUGAGGCACUCAUGGUGAUCAAAGAAAGUGUGCAACUCUGUCGUGAGCUAGUUGCCACCCAUCCAACAUCAUACACCCCGGAUUUGGCUGGAGCGCUCCUGAAUCUUCAAAUAUCACUUGACACAGUUGGACACCAUUCCGAGGCGCUCAUGGUGGUUGAAGAAAGUGUGCGACUCUGGCGUGAGCUAGUUGCCACCCAUUCAACAUCAUACACCCCGGGUUUGGCCCGAGCACUGCGGAAUCUUUUUGCAUCACUUGACAAAGUUGGGCAUCACUCUGAGGCACUCACAGCGAUUGAAGAAAGUGUGCAACUCUGGCAUGAGCUAGUUGCCACCCAUCCAGCAUCAUACACCCCUGAUUUGGCUCGAGCACUCCAGAAUCUUUUUGUAUCACUUGACAAAGCUGGACGCCAUUCCGAGGCACUCAUGGUGAUCAAAGAGAGCAUGAAACUCUGGCGUGAGCUAGUUGCUAUCCAUCCAACAUCAUACACCGUGGAUUUGGCUCAAGCGCUCUGGAGUCUUAAGGUAUCACUCGACAAAGUUGGACGCCAUUCUGAGGCACUCACGGUGAUUGAAGAAAGUGUGAAACUCUGGCGCAAGCUAGUUGCCGCCCAUCCAACAUCAUACACCCCGGAUUUGGCUGGAGCACUCCGGAAUCUUAAAGUAUCACUUGACAAAGUUGGACGCCAUUCCGAGGCGCUCAUGGUGAUUGAAGAAAGCGUGAAACUCUGCCGUGGGCUAGUUGCCACCCAUCCAACAUCAUACACCCCGGAUUUGGCUCGAUCGCUCCUCAAUCUUUUUGUAUCACUUGACAAAGUUGGACGCCAUUCUGAGGCGCUCACGGUGAUCAUUGAAUGCGUGAAACUCUGCCGCGAGCUAGUUGCCACCCAUCCAACAUCAUACACCCCGGAUUUGGCUCGAUCACUCCGCAAUCUUUUUGUAUCACUCUGCAAAGUUGGAUGCCAUUCUGAGGCGCUCAUGAUGAUUGAAGAAAGUGUGCAACUUUGGCGUGGGCUAGUGGCCACCCAUCCGACAGCAUACACUCCGGAUUUGGCUGGAGCGCUCCAGAAUCUUAAUGUAUCACUCAACAAAAUUGGACGCCAUUCCGAGGCGCUCAUGGUGAUUGAAGAGAGCGUGAAACUCUGCCGUGAGCUAGUUACCACCCAUCCAACAUCAUACACUCUGGAUUUGGCUGGAGCACUCCAGAAUCUUAAUGUAUCACUUAAUAAAGUUGGACGCCAUUCCGAGGCACUUACGGUGAUCGAAGAAAGUGUGCAACUCUGGCGGAAGCUCGUUGCCACCCAUUCAACAUCAUACACCCCCGAUUUGGCUCGAGUGCUCCAGACUCUUAAAGGAUCACUCGACAAAGUUGGACGCCAUUCCGAGGCGCUCACGGUGAUCGAAGAAAGUGUGCAGCUCUGGCGUGAGCUGGUUGCCACCCAUCCGACAUCAUUCACCCCAGAUUUGGCUGUAGCGCUUGGGAGUCUAGAUGUAUCGCUCACUAACCUUGGACGACAUUCUGAGGCACUCCUUGUGAAUGAAGAAAGUGUGAAGCUCUGGCGUGGGCUAGUUGCCUUCCAACCGACAUCCUACACCCCGGGUUUGGCUCAAGCGCUCAGGAAUCUUGAAAUAUCACUUGACAAUCUCGGACGCCAUUCCGAGGCGCUCCUUGUAAAUGAAGAAGGGCUCAGACUCCUGCGCCAGUAGUUCUCUAUCUGAUAUCAUCCACUCUGAGUUCAUUCUGUAGCCUCACCAGCUCGUGCAAAGCCGUCAUAAUGCCGAGGCACUAACUUUCAUUCAAGAUUCCGUUGCUAUUGUCGUUCGCUGUGUCUUACU